AUGGCUACUCCCCAACCCGCGGGAGAGCCCCAGUACGGCGCCCCCAAGGCGGAGCAUCUCCGACUCCCGGCCGGCGUGUACGUCCCCACCCUGGCCUUCUUCACAGAGUCGGACGAGGUCGACACUAACACGCUCGAGCGCCACAUCGUCAGGCUCAUCAACGCGGGCGUGGCGGGCAUCGUCGUCCACGGGUCCAACGGCGAGGCGGUGCACCUGUCGAGGGAGGAGCGCAGCUCGAUGAUCCGCUGCGCCGCCGACACCAUCCACCAGGAGGGCCUCGACGUCCGGAUCCCGCUCGUCGCGGGCUGCGGGGCCCAGUCGACGCGCGAGACCAUCCAGCUCUGCCGGGACGCCGGCAGGAGCGGCGCGACGCACGCGCUGGUGCUGCCGCCCAGCUACUACGGCCCGCUGCUCGGCGACGACAGGUCGUCCGCCACUUCUACGACGUCGCCGACGCGUCGCCCGUCCCGCUGCUCAUCUACAACUUCCCCGGGGCGGCGUCCGGGCUGGACCUGUCGUCGACGCGUCUCGCGCAUCGCGCGGCACCCCAACGUCGUCGGCGUCAAGCUGACGUGCGGCAACACGGGCAAGCUCGCGCGCGUGGCCGACGACGCGCCCCCGGGCUUCUUCGUCGCCGGCGGCAGCGCCGACUUCAUUCUGCAGGGCCAGGUCGUCGGCGGCCACGGCACCAUCGCGGGGCUGGCCAACCUCGCGCCGCGGGCGUGCGUUCGCAUCGUUGAGCUCGCAUCCCGCGGCGAGCUCGCCGAGGCGCGCCGGCUGCAGGCCGUCGUGGCCAGGGGGGACUGGGUCGCCAUCCGGACGGGCUUCGUGGGCGUCAAGGCGGCCAUGGGGCACUUUGAGCAGUACGGCGGCGCGCCACGGAAGCCCUGCGCCGCGCCCUCGCCCGAGGAGCUCAAGGGCAUCGUGGAGGGGCUGAGCGAGCUGCUGCAACUGGAGAGGCGGCUGGAGGCGGGAGGCCGCGCCGGCUGCGUACACUGA